AUGUCAGAAGCAUCUGGAUCCGCUGGCCCUGUGGUAUUAUCCGGUGUCAAGAAGGUUGAGCUUUACAAAAAGGUGUGGUCUAGAAACGAUCAGAUCUUUAUUUUUGUUGGAUUGUUCUUGCUCUCAUGGGCCAUCACUUGGGAGACUACCAUUACUUCCACAGUAACUCCUAAGGUUACCAGUAUUCUCGGUGCCAAUAAUCUUUCCAGUAUCCUAUCCACUAUUCUCUAUAUUCUUCAAACUGCCCUUCUACCGAUGAUUUCCAAACUUUCGGAUUUUACUGGAAGAGCUGAAGCCUACUCUUUUGCCAUGACUUUCUACAUUGUUUCAUUUAUCAUUAUGGCCUCUGCGAACAAUUAUCCUACUCUUGUAGGAGCAAAAGUUAUUUACGCUUUUGGAUAUUCUGGAACUACAAUUCUAGGACCAAUUCUUAUUGGAGAUAUGACUAGCAUUGUCAACCGUGGUAUAUACCAGGGCCUUUACAAUGCUCCCGUCCUCAUCAAUUUGUUUGUUGCUUCCAGUGUCGGCAGCAACUUUGUAGAAAGUGGUCGAUGGAGAUGGUCUUUUGGUAUUAACUGUAUUCUCCUGGGAGUUACCAGUGCACCUCUUCUUGCUGGUCUCUGGAACGUUCAAUUCAAGGUUAAGCGCUCAGGUCUUUUGGUGAAGGCUGAGGAGGAGGAACGCAAUUCGGGACCCAGAAUGACUCUUUGGGAGAGAAUUGUCUGGCUUGCUAUUGAGAUUGAUAUCGUUGGAAGUCUUUUGCUGAUUGGUGGACUGUGUUUGGUGUUGCUUCCUCUUGUUCUUGCCCUUCCUAAAUGGGGCGGAUGGUCAAGUGGCCUUACUCUCGGUACACUCAUUAGUGGUGUUGUUUGCUGGGGUCUGUUCGCACUCUGGGAGUUGAAGUUUUCUCCAAAACCUAUUAUCCCUCUCGCUCGCUGGGAGUCCCGCACUCCUCUAUAUGGUGUUCUUGUUACAUCCUCGAUCACCCUGAUCUCAUCUACAAACUGGCAGUUCCUUGCUACUUAUCUCCAAAUCUCCCGUAGAGUCGACUCAAAAACUGCUAUCUAUCUCGAGUGUGGCUACAAUGUCAUGUAUAUUAUUACUGAAGUAUCUGUCGGCUUUUUGAUGGCCCGCUUUAAGGUCUGGAGACCUUUUAUCUGGACUGGUAUUGCUAUUGCCAUUGUUGGUCUUGGUAUCAUGAUUCCCGCUCGUCUGCCAACUUCGUCAGAUGCCUUUGUUGUUGUUUCUCAAAGUAUUGUCGGUUUGGGUACUGGUAUGUGCUUUAUCCCUGUACUUGUUGCCGUUCAGAGCUCUGUUCCCCACAAUGAUCUUGCUAUUGUUACUGCUCUUUUCCAAGUUGGUGGUUCAAUUGCUGCUAGUGUUGGUUCUACCAUGGCUGGUGCUAUUUGGAAUGCCCUUCUGCCCACAAAGAUCGCUGAAUAUGUUCCUGGAGAAUACGAUCACGCGCAGAUUAUUUCAUCUAUUACCUAUGUCCAAAGCUUGCCUAUUGAACAGUAUGAUGGCGCUGUCAAGGCUUACGGAGAAGUCCAGAAACUUCUCAACAUCAUUGCUGUUUCUCUUUCUGUUCUGACUUUCGUAUUUGCCGUUCCUAUGCAGUCCUUUGGUCUAGACCAGACUGAGGAGACACGUAUAGCAUCUGGAGCAAAAAACACCAACGGAAACCCCAACGAAGUACCCAGUAUCCUAUCUGAAGACGAUAUCAGCAAGUCUGAUAUCAAGCCCACAGUUUCCCCAGCUUAA